GCCAUGCAAGCCCCGCCCUUCCCGGGGUCCACCUUUUCAGAGAGCUGUGGAAAGUGGCCAAGAGGCGUGAGAGCGACGCCGCCACUGACUAAUGGGAAGAGCCGUUGGUGUGAGGUGGGAGCAAAAAUGACAGCGAUUGGUUGGAUGAGCCUAAGCUCCUGAAGAGGGGGCAGCUGUGGGGGUCUGGUGGAGUAAGGCGCAGCAAGAUGGCGACUGAGACGGUGGAGCUCCACAAGCUGAAGCUUGCUGAACUAAAGCAAGAAUGUCUUGCUCGUGGUUUAGAGACCAAGGGAAUAAAACAAGAUCUUAUCAAUAGGCUCCAGGCAUAUCUUGAAGAACAUGCUGAAGAAGAAGCAAAUGAAGAAGAUGUACUGGGAGAUGAAACUGAGGAAGAAGAACCAAAGCCUGUAGAACUGCCUGUUAAAGAGGAAGAACCUCCUGAAAAAGUUGUUGAUAUGGCAUCAGAAAAGAAGGUGGUAAAAAUUACAUCUGGAAUACCUCAAACUGAGAGAAUGCAGAAGAGGGCUGAACGUUUCAAUGUGCCUGUAAGCUUGGAGAGUAAGAAGGCUGCUCGGGCAGCGAGGUUUGGAAUUUCUUCAGUUCCAACAAAAGGUUUAUCAUCUGACACCAAGCCAAUGGUUAACCUGGAUAAACUAAAGGAAAGAGCACAGAGAUUUGGUUUGAAUGUCUCUUCCAUCUCUAGAAAGUCUGAGGAUGAUGAGAAGCUGAAGAAACGGAAGGAGAGAUUUGGAAUUGUGACAAGUUCAGCUGGAACUGGAACCACAGAGGAUACAGAGGCAAAGAAAAGAAAAAGAGCAGAGCGUUUUGGAAUUGCAUAAUGAAAAGUUCGUGCUUUCUGCCCGCCCCAUAGUGGUUUCCAUUUCUCAGAUUUUCUUGGUUUUAUAUAUACAGACACACACACAACACACACACAACACACACACACACACACACACACACACACACACCACACACCCCCACACCCACACACACCCACACACACAUACUUCCCUACCUAUCUGCCUACAUACACAGUCAUGUGCCUCACAGUGAGGAAGCAUGUACGUUUGGUACAUCCUUGAAUUCGGUAGCAGUUUUAUUUAACUGCUCUUCUGCAUUUAAGAUUGUUGUGGUUUUUGUUUUUAAUUAUUUUUGCUUAUUAAUAAAAGAGGAAGAAAAGAAAA